AUGGCCAGCCAGCAUAUAGAUUACUAUAAUCUCAAAUCCUUCUUCCUGGACAGAAUGAAUACCGUAAAUUGCGCAGCUAAGGCUCUCAAGGCAAUGCAUGUUCCGAAGUUGCCAAUUAUCUUUACCAACGUUUGGGAUGCGUCGUCACUUAAAGCAGUUCUGUCUCUCAAUGAAGGCAGCAACAAACCAGUGAAAGCAGUGGCCACUGCAUCCUCGGCAAUUGCUGCAGCUGCUGGAUGUAAAGAUGAGGAGCUCACCUUAGAGCAGAACGUUGCUGCGAUCAGGCGACUCGCUCACCUUUGUCGACAGGCAGGCGUGCCUUUAAGCGCAGAUCUUCAAGAUGGAUAUGGCUCUCGAAUCGAAGAAAUCGUCACUGCUGCCGUUCAGGCUGGUGUUUCAGGGGCCAAUAUCGAAGAUAGCAUCUCCUCAACUGCUUACAGGAAGGGCCUGGCUGGUUCGCUCUACCCAUUAGACGAGCAGGUUCGCCGCCUCAGAUCAGCACUUAAAGCGGCUACAGAGGCUGGAUGUCCGGACUUUGUCCUUAACGCUCGCUGCGACAUCUUUUGCAUUGAUGACCCUGACCUCAAUGACGAUGCAAGGCUAAAGGAAGCAAUUACUCGUGGAAAGGCUUUCCUCGAACUUGGAGCCACAACGGUCUUCUACUGGGGUGGGCCCAGAAGAGGACUUACAAAAGACCAUCUUCAAACGCUGGUUAAGGAGCUUGACGGUAGAGUCGCUGUGCUUCUAGGGGGUUAUUCGGGCGGUCCGACUGUGACUGAGCUGGCGGAACUGGGUGUUGCGCGAAUUAGCAUAGGGGAUGAUCUAUACCCUAUUGCAAUGAGUGCCAUCCGAACUGCGGCUUUGAGAGUCUUUGUGGAAGGCAGAUUGCCAGCGUGA